CCUUAUUCGAGGUUGCCAUCCUCGUAUUCCGAUGUCAGGCGGGGAGAAAAUAGACCUGCGCAACUUGACAUGAUGGGCAUAAAUAUCACCAUCACUUCCGCCGUUCACUCCUAGAUUGAUUCAGCAUCGACAUCCUCACAACUCAGCCUUCACUGCAAACUCAACAUCCAACUCUCCACCAACAACCAAAAACCCCCAACCACCACCAUCAAGAUGCAGUUCUCCGCCGCCGUCCUCGCUCUCGCCGCCUCCGUGGCCGCCCAGAAGCCCGUCUUCGAGAUCUCCGACUUCUCCGCCGCCUGCGUUGCCCACGGCUCCGAGUGCAUCUACGAGUUCGGCCUCUUCCAGUCCGGCGGCUACCAGACCGAGCCCCAGCACUGCCGUGCCCAGGUCCAGACCACCGACGGCACCCUGCCCGAGGUCCUCGACGGCACCUGCGAGGCCACCUCCCGCACCUGGACCGUCACCAAGGCUGACGGCGGCCUCGUCCUCGAGGUCACCCAGCAGGUCACCCCCGCCUCCAACACCACCGGCAAGCACGCCAUCCCCGCCAGCGAGCUGGAGCUCGUCCAGGCUGGCGCCUCUGGCUACCAGCAGUACACUGGUCCCAAGGAGUUCGGCCUGUUCUACUAAAUCUACUCGUCUUUGGCAUGUUUUUGAAUGGUGCGAUCCGGCUUGGAGAGCCUUUAUAAUCACUUGAUUGGAUGUACAUACUUUGCCGAUCGGCAACACUCCUUCGGGCUGUAUUUAGACCAUAAAAAAAGAUGAUUGGGGCUUCUGCCUUCGCUCCUCGCAAA